AUGGGUGCAUCAGGCUUAGGUUCUGGUUUAGCAAAUUGCAUUAAUCUCUCAAAUUUGACACUUAAUAUUGAUGGAAAUUAAAUAGGUGCAAUGGGUGCAUCAGUCUUAGGUUCUGCAUUAGUUAAUUGCAUUAAUCUCUCAAAUUUGACACUUAACAUUGAUGAAAAUUAAAUUGGUGAUGAAUGUGCAUCAGGCUUAGGUUCUGCUUUAGCAAAAUGCAUUAAUCUCUCAAAUUUGACACUUGAUCUUCGUUGUAAUAAAAUUGUUGAUGAAGGUGCAUCAGGCUUAGGUUCUGCUUUAGCAAAAUGCAUUAAUCUCUCAAAUUUGACACUUGAUCUUAGUUGGAAUCAAAUUGGUGCAAUGGGUGCAUCAGGCUUAGGUUCAGCUUUAGCAAAAUGCAUUAAUCUCUCAAAUUUGACACUUAACAUUGAUUAAAAUUAAAUUGGUGAUGAAGGUGCAUCAGGCUUAGGUUCUGCUUUAGCAAAAUGCAUUAAUCUCUCAAAUUUGACACUUGAUCUUCGGUAAAAACAGUUUAUUUGUUUUGGAUUGUGA